CUUUGCCUCUUGUUCUAAUAGAUGCGUCUGCCUGUAAAUGGCUAACUCAAUCCUAUUCUUUUUCUUUGUUUUGGUUCUCCCUUUUGUCUAUUCAGUUCAGUUUAACAUAUCUCGUUUUGGGCCAGAGGUUUCUGAAAUAGCGUACCAAGGAGAUGCAAGAGCAAAUGGAGCAGUUGAGCUUACCAACAUAGACUAUACAUGCCGUGCCGGAUGGGCUACUUAUGGUAAGCAGAUUCCCUUAUGGAAUCCAGGUACUGGUAAGCCGUCGGAUUUUAGCACCCGUUUCUCCUUCAGAAUUGAUACCCGGAAUGUUGCGUACGGCAAUUACGGUCAUGGGUUUGCUUUCUUUCUAGCUCCAGCAAGAAUCCAAUUGCCUCCCAACUCAGCUGGUGGUUUCUUGGGUCUAUUCAAUGAAAGCAACGCUCGAGCUUCUUCUUUCCCACUCGUCCAUGUCGAAUUCGACACAUAUAGUAAUUCAGAAUGGGAUCCUCUUGACAUGAAAUCUCAUGUGGGAAUCAACAACAACUCUCUUGUUUCCUCUAACUCCACUUCUUGGAAUGCAACCUCACACAACCAAGAUAUUGGCCGUGUGCUGAUCUUCUAUGAUUCCGCUAGAAGGAACUUGAGUGUCUCUUGGACUUACGACUUAACAUCUGAUCCUAAGGAGAGUUCAAGCUUAUCUUACAUCAUUGAUCUUUCAAAGGUACUGCCAUCAGAAGUAACAAUUGGGUUUUCUGCGACAUCUGGAGGGGUCACCGAGGGAAAUAGACUUCUGUCAUGGGAGUUCAGUUCAAGCCUGGAGCUAAGAGAUAUAAAAAAAAGGCAGAAUGACAGGAAGGGGAUGAUAAUUGGUAUAUCAGUUUCUGGGUUUGUUUUGCUGACGUUUUUAAUUGUCUCGCUCAUCGUCUUCUUGAUUCGGAAGCAGCGGAAGAAGAAAUCAGAGGAGAAAGCAAACUUGACUUCGAUAAAUGAUGAUCUCGAAAGAGGAGCAGGACCACGAAGGUUUACUUAUAAAGAUCUUGCAUCAGCUGCCAACAACUUCUCAGAUGAUAGGAAGCUAGGGGAAGGAGGGUUUGGAGAGGUUUAUAAAGGGUACUUAAACACCUUAGAUAUGAUGGUUGCAAUAAAGAAGUUUGCUGGCGGAUCUAAGCAGGGAAAAAGAGAGUUCAUAACGGAAGUAAAGAUAAUCAGCAGUUUGAGACAUCGAAACCUUGUGCAACUCAUUGGUUGGUGUCAUGAGAAAGAUGAGUUUCUAAUGAUAUAUGAGUUCAUGCCAAAUGGUAGCCUUGAUUCCCAUCUAUUUGGUAAAAAGCCGCAUCUCCCUUGGCCUGUGAGGUGCAAGAUAACUCUCGGUAUAGCCUCUGCGCUGCUUUAUCUUCACGAGGAGUGGGAGCAAUGUGUUAUACACAGAGACAUCAAGGCGAGUAACGUGAUGCUUGACUCCAAUUUCAAUGCCAAGCUUGGUGAUUUUGGGUUGGCUAGAUUGAUGGACCAUGAGCUGGGUCCACAGACUACAGGGUUAGCGGGAACGUUUGGUUACAUGGCUCCUGAAUACAUAAGCACCGGAAGAGCGAGCAAAGAAUCUGACGUUUAUAGCUUUGGAGUUGUUACACUAGAGAUUGUUACAGGAAGAAAAUCCGUGGAUCCAAGACAAGGAAGAAUAGAGCCUGAAACAAGCCUUGUAGAGAAAGUGUGGGAUCUCUACGGGAAAGGAGAAGUUAUCACAAUUAUUGAUGAGAAACUCAGGACCGAUGGUUUGGAUGAGAAGCAAGCAGAAUGUCUCAUGAUUGUAGGGCUAUGGUGUGCUCAUCCUGAUAGAAACUCAAGGCCUUCGAUAAAACAAGCGAUCCAGGUCUUGAAUCUCGAAGCACCAUUGCCUCAUCUUCCAAACAAAAUGCCUGUUGCUACUUAUCAUGUGUCGUCUUCGGGUACUACAACAUCGGUGAGCUCUGGUGGAGCUAAGGUAACGUUUUCAAGUGCUCAACAUGGUCGUUGAGAAAAACAUCCGUUGUUGCUGUGUAUAUAGCCUUUUUCUUAAUCUUGUUUCUUCGGCUUUGUGUGUAUGUGCUUCUCUCUUAUUGAUCUUUCUUGUUUUUCCUGUGUAUGUGUUGUAUACUUAAUAAUCACUGUCCUUCUGUAAUCUGUAUUGUAAUCUUUCUUACAGUAGGUUUCAGUUUUUUCAUA